GGGGUUAUGUUUAUAUUUAUAAAAAUAAAUAAACAUUUCUGUGAGAAAAGAAAUUAUUGUUUUGCUUUUUUAAAUGUUGUUUGUGCAAGAAUUUGUUAUUUAAAACUUAAAUAGAAGAAUUAAGUACGCAGAAGAUUGAGUGCAGCAUUUUCUGUAUGUAAUAAUGUCUGAAAGAAGAUCGAAAAUGAAACCACCACGAAGGACAAGUCAGAAUUCUGAGUCCAGUUCGAGUUUUGAAUGUACUUCGUCGGGAUCCUCUGAAGAAGAGGAGACAGAUGCCCGAGAUUUAAAGCCAAUUAAAGAAUAUUUAAAUGAUCGUCGAGAACUUGCUUCUCAACUUUUUAAAUCAGUCAAAAUUGAGAAAAUUCGUAUGAUGUUGCCUCAAGCACUAAAGAGUAUGAAUUUAUACGAUCUCGAAGAAUAUUGUGGAAAUGAAUUAAGUGGAAUGUCAAGGAAAAGAAUUCUUAGCAUUAUAAAUGGUCAACGAAUGGCCGAGUCUUCAGACACUGACGAAACUGACGAUUCUGGUCCAUCACUUGAGAUAAUAUCCGACACAGAAGAAUGGUUAACAGACGACGACGUUGUGAUAAAAGAGGAAAAUCCAUCGGACAAAUCAAAGCGAAAAAAGCCAACGGACAAAUUAAAAGGUAAGACAAAACCUCAAUCGAAAGAUAAAACAAAAGCAGCAGCACCAAAACCAGUCGCCACCAAUCAAGCAAAAACAAAAAAAGCAACCAACGUUAAUGUUAAAAUUGAAGGCGAAAAACCAGAACCAAAAGAAGGCGAAAGUCUCCUUGAUCUUCUUGAACUUGAAAUGAGAGCACGAGCAAUUAGGGCUUUAAUUCGCAAAGAAGAAGACAUUAUUCCAGAUAAAAAUACCAGUUCUACAAGUGCAACAAAAAAUAAUCCCACAACAGCAAAUACAAAUGCAAAUGCAUCGACAAGUAAAUACGUCGUUCAAGAAAUGCAACAAAUCAGUCUUGCAUUGAAACAAGGAAGUGGAUUAGACGACGACGUCAUGUUAGUCAUUCAACCAGCACCGACAAUUGAAUUAUUAUCCAGUGAAAGCGAAAAUGAAAACGAAAAGGAAAAGGAGAAAAACGAAGAUAAAGAAGAGGAAAUUGUAAAAAACUUGGAGAAGGAAAAAACAACGAAAGAGAAUCAACAGAAAGAAAAAUCGAAUACCGAGGAAUUUGAGGAAAACGAGAAAGCAGAGUCCAGUAAAAGAAUAAACAAAAGAUUAGAAAACGAACGAGGAACCGAAACUACGCACAGUACCAGUACAAUCGGCGAUGAACCGACAGAAAUUCUCGAUGACGAUUUAAAACCAGAGGAAGCAACCAACAGCGAAAAGAAUCCACCAGAAAUUAAUUUAAUCGAAAAAUCGUCUUCUGAAAAUAAUGAAAAAUCUAAUCAAUCCAAUUCAACCAAGGAGUCUGUAGUUGACAAAAAUUCCCCAAAGAAAAGAAAAUCCGAAAGUGGGACAACAAUCCCCCUGAUUGAAAAUGAACCAACACUUAAAGAAAUUAAAAUUGAACAAAUCGAACCAAAAGAAAGAAUUGAUAAAUCAGAAAAUCAAAAUUUAGAACCAAAUAAAGAAGAGAAUACAGAAACAAGGGAAAAAUCGCCACCGAAAGAAUUGGAAGACGGUGAAUUAGCUUCCGAAAGUGAUUCAAUAGAAGAGACCGAAGUGGUGACAAAAAAAGGUACAAACAAACGAUUCAGAAAACGUAGACUUAAAAAAAUGAGCGAAUCAUCUCAGAAGGAUGUUGAAAAUACGGAACAAUGUGAAGAUAAUAAACUGAAAAAAAUUGAAAUCAGUCUGGUUGAUGGUAAAAUUUCUGAAAAUUCGAAAGAAACAGAAAAAACUUCGUCAAAGAAUGAAAGAAAAAUUUCCGAAGAAUUCGACAAAAAUGACAUGGAUGAAAUAAUAGAUCUCGAUGAUUAUCCUGACGAUAUGGAUGAUUUGGACACCACUCAAACGAACAGUACGAGGGAAAAUUCGAAAAAUUCCAAAAAUGCAGAAAAUGGAAAAAAUGCAGAAAGUACAAAAAAUACUGAAAGUGCAAAAAAUGCGGAAAGUACAAAAAAUACCGAAAGUACAAAAAAUACUGAAAAUACGAAAAAUACAGAAAAUACCGAAAAUUCGAAAAGUGACGAACAAAAUGAAACAACGGAAACAUGGGCAUCGCGUUACUAUAAUACAGACGAUGUGCAAAAUGUCAUCAAGGAAUCGAAAAUACAAUCGGAAAUACGUAAACGUUUACGUGAGAGGCAACGAUUGAGUAAAUUGAAUAAUUCCCCGAGUACAAGUAAAUUGGAGAAUAAUUCGCCGACUGAUAAUAAAAUUGAGGAGGAACAACAAAAACCAUUGGGAUUAGUUGAGGAAUAUUUAGCAUUAAAAGCAGCGACUGCAAGUGCUGUUGAAUCAAGUUCAAAUCAAAAGUCUUCUACUGGGGAAAAAAUUAAAAAAUCACAUCGAAAACGUGAUAAAACAAAAAUACAUAAUUCCAAACAAAAAUCAAGAUCUAGUGAUAAAAAUUCAUCCAAGAAUGGCGAAAAUAAAAAAAACACUCUCCAAUAGACUGGAUUAAAUAUAAGUACUCAAUUUUUUUUGUUCUUAAAUUUCUUCUUAAAAAAAAUAUUUUAUAUUCAAAAAAAUAAAAAAGUGGAGAAAAAAGACAAUUGUUUUUUGGAAAAAUUGAAAUCCAUUCUGCUUUCUAACAAAUUGCUUGUUGGAUUUAUUUACGAU